AUGUUUGCCUGGUCGGGUGAAGGAUUGCAAGAUUACGAGGCAGUGCUGCCUAAAACCUUGCCAUUUUCAAAGUCCACAUGGCUCCCUUAUGCACCCGACUUGACUGAAGCGAAGAGACUUCCUUUAUUUCCCUCGGCUGGAUUUCGGUUCACGCAACCCCCAAGAUUUUAUCGAGUUGUUACGGACUGUCGGAAUCGCCGUGACAGAGGCGAGCUCAAGGCAGGAACUCUCCCCAACAUCUUUUUCCUCAUGACAGACGAAGCUCGCGUAUCGUAUAGUCAAUGGAGACACAGCUUUGCCUGGGCAAUUGACCCAGAUUGGACUCGGUCGGGUGCUGAUGAAGACGGCUACGAUGGACGACUCAAGAUCAGUGCAACUCAAAUCUACUUCCGAUUUUACGAAUUCAUCUCAACAAAGAAAUAUACACUGAAGGAUAUCUGGCGCGACUUUCAUCAAGUCAACAAAACACAGACAUAUGUCCCAGGGCCGCUUCCUGCUUGGCCUUCCACGGACUUGGAUAAACCAGUAUGGCCUGACUCGUGA